AGAAAGAUUCCCAAGGUCAGUGAGUAUCAAGUUGGUCACAAAAGUAUUCCACAAAACUUAUCCGCCGCCUCCUCCAAAACCUCCAGCCUCCCAAGUCCACCUCGAGGUUCCAAUCAUGGCGUCUCACGACCACCACCACGACGGCCACGACGAGCACCACCACCACCACCACUCCCACGGGGACGGCGGCGGCCACGCAGCGGGGGGCUCAUGGGUCGGGGCGGACGGGCGCGUGUGGCACUCCCACGACGGCCUCGCGCCGCACUCCCACGAGCCCAUCUACUCCCCCGGCGACUUCACCAAGCGCGCGCCGCCGCUCGCCUCGCGCACCUUCGCCGACCGCGCCUUCACCGUCGGCAUCGGCGGCCCCGUGGGCACCGGGAAAACUGCUCUGAUGCUAGCACUAUGUAGAUUCCUACGUGAGAAGUAUAGUCUUGCGGCGGUCACUAAUGAUAUUUUCACAAAAGAGGAUGGGGAAUUCUUAAUCAAGCAUGGAGCACUUCCAGAAGAACGCAUACGCGCAGUGGAAACUGGAGGCUGCCCUCAUGCAGCUAUACGCGAGGACAUCAGCAUAAACCUUGGUCCUCUGGAGGAGCUAUCGAACUUGUAUAGAGCUGAUUUGCUACUCUGUGAAUCUGGAGGAGAUAACUUAGCUGCUAACUUCAGCAGAGAAUUAGCAGACUACAUAAUCUACAUCAUUGAUGUCUCUGGUGGGGACAAGAUACCAAGAAAAGGUGGUCCUGGUAUAACCCAAGCUGAUCUUUUGGUGAUAAAUAAGACAGACCUUGCACCAGCUGUUGGAGCUGACCUGGCUGUAAUGGAACGGGAUGCGCUUCGCAUGCGUGAAGGAGGGCCUUUCGUGUUUGCGCAGGUGAAACAUGGAGUAGGCGUGGAGGAAAUCGUGAAUCAUAUACUGCAAGCAUGGGAAAUCGCGACUGGCAAUAAGCGCCGGUGAGAUCGCAUGGUUUUGCUGUAUCUUGGUUGCAAAGCUGAUGAACUCGACUUGCAUAAAUCAUGUGUUGGGUUUUAAAUAAAUUGUGCAUCAUUUGGUGUUGCCGAAAGGUGUAUUAUUGUACUAUAGACUUGCUAGUCUUGAAAGCUAUUUCUUCUUGGAAAAUAAGGAAAAGCUCGCCUACUCCCUCAAAUCUGGGCGAGGGGUGGACAAUGAUGUGAAUGCCUGUGCUCCAAAAAUUUCAUUUUCUGCUGAUGAGGAUACCUUGUUAGAA